GCGGGGAGCGCCGCGAUGGCGGUCGGUAAGGACCUGCUGCAGCUGGACCUGUAUGAACUGCUCGGGGUCGGCGAGAAGGCGUCGGAGAAGGAGGUGAAGAAGGCGUACCGGCAGAAGGCCCUGACGUGCCACCCCGAUAAGGACCCGGACAACCCCAGGGCAGCGGAAAUCUUCCAGCAGCUGUCUCAGGCCUUAGCGGUGCUCACAGAUGCAGCAGCGAGGGCGGCAUAUGACAAGGUGCGAAAGGCCAAGAAACAGGCUGCAGAGAGGACACAGGCACUUGAUGAGAAGAGGAAGAAAGUGAAGCUCGAUCUUGAAGCCAGAGAACGAGAAGCUCAGGCCUGUGAGACUGAAGAGGAGGAAAUCAGGACAACGAGAUCAUUAGAACAAGAAAUAAUCCGCCUGCGUGAAGAAGGCUCCCGGCAGCUCAAGGAGCAGCAGAGGCUCAUUCAGGAGCAGAUCUGGCGUGAGAGAGAGCAGCACUUCCAAGGCAAGCAAGAAAGAAAAGAAGCUGAAGGCAAAAUAACCCCUAAACUCAAACUCAAAUGGAAAUGCAGAAAGGAAGAUGAGACGAGAGGGGGAUACUCAAAAGAUGUUCUGCUCCAGAUCCUGCAAAAGUAUGGUGAUGUGCUCAACUUGGUGAUCUCCAGCAGGAAGACUGGGAGUGCAGUUGUGGAAUUUGCUACGGUUAAGGCUGCUGAGAUGGCUGUGAAGAAUGAAGCUGGCCUGAUAAAUAAUCCUCUCAAGCUUUCCUGGCUGGAAGGCCAGCCCCAGAGCAGUCCCAGCACCAUCCUCCCUGACAGCAGUGGUGACCCCAGGACUUCCCAGGAAUCGGUGGUAUCAGAGCGGGACUACGAGAGCCUGGUGAUGAUGAGGAUGCGCCAAGCAGCAGAGAGGCAGCAGAUUAUUGAGCAGCUCAAGCGGGAAGAGGAGGAGGAGUCUCACACCUAACGUGAGAGAGGAUGCGUUCUCCCACCCCAUCAUCCUGCAUUUCCAAAGCUGCUGCUUAAUUUAAAGUCAAUAAACCUCCUUUUUUUAAA